CUGCCGAGCUCUUUUCAUUUUUUAUUAUUAUUUACUAGCAGUAUUCCCUAGCUUUUCGAUCUCUUGGGUUCUUUAUUCUCUGUCCCGCGGCGGAGGCCAGAACCUAGAAGCCGCAGCUCUCCCUCCCGGCGCCGCCGUCCCGCUCGCCGGCCGCGGAAAAAACAGAAACAGGGUAUUUAUGUCCUUUUGUUGACACAAAGAGCCAAUGGCGAGAGGACUGGAUUCAGAUUAUAUCGGUUCUCUUUCACUCAUGGAUGGAUUUGAUAUGAGUAUCAACUUUGAUGGGUUUGGAGAAAAUAUGAAGAAGUUCAUGGAGUUACCGAUUAAGUAUCUUGAUUCUGCUCACGAUAAAGCUGUUGGGCUAGUUGAAGAUAUCCAUGCGUUGAUUUAUGCACCCUAUCCUGACAAUGAAUUAUCAAACAAAGGCCAGAGGACAUUGAUGGAUCCAUCUAGUAGCAACCCCAUAACUGGAUCUAACCCCACAUUUGCUGAAAUGGAGCAAGCUAACCCCGACGAAGAAGUCUCCAGUUCUCCUUCAUCUCUCCUUACAGCGGAAGAUAGUUCUCUCUGUUCAACUGAUACUGAUGCUCAUGAAACUGAAUCGGUUACAUCUAAAAGUCCAGACUGCUGCACAUCUGAAGACACCAUUUCACUUGAGAGAACUGCUGGCACCAAGGAGAAAAUUAUCUUAUGCAGUUCAGAAAAUCUCCCAGAUAGCUGCACUCCUGAAAAUUGCAAUUCUCUAGUGAGAACUGUGAGCAGCGAGGAUGAAAUUAUUUUAUGGAACCCAGGGAAAUCUUUAAAACCACCACAACCACCUGAACAAGCCACCAUAGUCCAAGAUUAUGCAUCUCAAGAAGCGAAUACAGAGAGAGUCAUCAAGCAAGUUGGAGUUUAUGGUUCAACUUCAGGAAAUACAGAUACAGAAUCUUCUGCUUGUGAUGGUGCAGUUCUGUUCACAAUUAUUACAGCAAAUGGUGAAGAGCAAUCAGGAUUAUACAGUACCAACGGCCAUGAAGAAUCAGCAAAGCACGGUAACAUAAUGAUUUUUUCUGGUGAGACUAGUUCACAUUACUUGAGCGCAGAUGUGUUCAGUGGUGCUGAAGAUCCUAAUAUGUUAGCUGACGAGAUCACAGAUUUUGUUGAUAUAGACCUCCGGGGUGGCCAGGUGUUGAUGAAAUAUGACAAAGCAGAGGCAUCCUUGGUUCCUCAGCCAAAAAACAGAUCAUUCAAGAAAGUAUUGAUGAAGAGUUUGUCGAAUAAACUCCGGUGGUCAAAGACGGAUAUGAAUGUGCAUCAAGUGGUCCCUAUUAGACCACAUAAAGGAGUAAAUGCUUGCUAUGAAGUAGUUUCUUCAUCAGAUGAUCUGGAGGAUGAUUGGGAACUCUUGUAAAUAUGCAAGAAAUGUCUCUACAGGGACAAUGUAUAACUCAAGAGGAUGGAAACGUGGGGUUUGUAUCUUGGCACUAUCUAUCGCUGUACCGGCAUAACUGUAAAUCUCGUUGAGUUCGUGUAAUUAUGUAAUGCCCUUCAAAAUUUUCCUUGAUGACCUGAUAAUAUACUAACAUUUCUUGAUCUACACCUAUUUUUUA